AUGUUUAAAAGAUUUAUUGGUUUAAAUAGAUACUAUUCAACUUUAUCAGGUGGUAAUAAAAAGAUCGUUAUAACAACAAAUGAAGCGCCAGCUGCAAUUGGUCCGUACAGUCAAGCGAUAAAGGCAAAUGGUCAGAUAUUUGUUAGUGGAUGUCUCGGAUUAGAUCCAAAGACUAUGCAAUUCACAUCAGAAACAGAUGUAGAGAUACAAACACAAGUUGCACUACAAAAUAUGUCAAAGAUACUCGAUGCUGCUGGUUCAUCAAUGUCCAAAGUUGUAAAAACUACAAUCCUACUAAAAGAUAUCAAUGAUUUUGCAAAAGUAAAUCAAGUAUACUCAAAAUAUUUCAGUGUUGACCCUCCUGCAAGAUCAACUUUUGCAGUUCGUGAUUUACCAAAGAAUACAGGACACAAUCAACGACAGAUAGUAAUUCAAUCAAUAGCAACAGCAAUGGAGAAAUUACAGUUACAACCACUUUCACUUCAUGAUUCAUUGACAUUUCCAAAUAUAGCUAUUCUACAGUGGAGCGAUCGAUAUUUCAUUAAAAUUCGAUUUGUGACAGCAUCACAAGCAACAACAACAUUGGAUUUAUUAAUGAAACGAUAA